AUGUCUCUCAAGGUCGUCGUCCUCGCUUGUGUGGCUGUCGUCGCUCUGUGCGACAAGGCCCCUGUCCACAACCCCCUUCCCCUCGUCUAUACACCUAGACCCACACCUUACCACGCCCCCGAACCCGCCUACCACGCCCCCGAACCCGCCUACCACGCCCCCGGACCCGCCUACCGCGCCCCCGAGCCUGCUUACCACGCCCCCGAGCCUGCUUACCACGCCCCCGAACCCGCCUAUCACGCCCCCGAGCCUGCUUACCACGCCCCCGAACCCGCCUACCACGCCCCCGAGCCUGCCUAUCACGCUCCAGAACCUACCUACCACGCCCCCGAGCCCGCUUAUCAUGCCCACGCACACUACGAGCCCGAAUACCCUGAUUACCCCGAGUACAAGCCCACCUACAAGCCCGCUCCCUAUCACGCACCCCCUACCACGCCCCCGAACCCGCCUACCACGCCCCCGACCCGCCUACCACGCCCACGCACACUACGAGCCCGAAUAUCCUGCUUAUCCUCGGUACCAGGGAUUUUAUAA